ACCUAGGUCUCUUAACUUGUAAAGAGUACUAUUGCAGCUAUUAGUUAUUUGUCCUACUUUAUAACUGCUUGCUCUAUAAUAACCAUAUGUGGAUAGAUAACAAUUGUAAUUCGUAACAUAUGAAUUGCAUGCUAUUUCGGUAACUUGGAAAUGAUGUGAUGUGUGAUAAUAAAGCUUAAGUAACUUACUAAUAGCUAUAAGAAAAAAAGAAGGACCGUAAUGACCUUCUUUUAUACAAGAAUCCGCAAUCCUUAAUCAACUUCCAUCUACGAAGGUAGGUUAAAUCAAAGUAGGAAUUCUAAUGGGAUGGCUGAAAUAAAGGAACACUUCCAUCCUUGUAUGAUUGCCACCUACGAGUCUCGCCCAUGUCAAAGUUUAAAUCUGUUAUUGAUAGGAACUUCAGGCAACGGAGUCAGCUCAACAGGGAACACAAUCACUGGCAAGAAAACAUUUCAAUCCUCAAGCAACUGCAGCUCUGAGGAGAAUAGCGUCUUGAAAGGCUCAACAAUUUUCAAUGAUGCUCUAAUCCAUAUAGUGGAUGUACCAGGUGUAGACACAGACAACACUGACCAGCAGUAUGUCGACACAGUUCAAGCAUAUCUAGAAGAAUCUUUUUGUAAGGUAGAAGACGGAUUCGACGCAGUGGUAUUUGUUAUUCGCUACGGUCAAAGGUUUACUAGGCAAGAACUUAAAACAGUUAAACUUUUAAAGUCAACUCUAGGAAAUGGCGUUUUUAAAAAUAACGUCAUUUGUGUUUUUACCCACGGAGAUGAGUUUCAAGAAAGCGCCAAAUGUGGACCUUUUUUUUCCAGAUUUUUUGAAUGGAGCAUUAAGCAGGAAGGGGAAUUAGGUGAUUUAUUACAAGAAUGUGGUUAUAGAUGUGUUUUAUUUGAUAACAAAUUUACAGAAAAUAAAAUAAGGACUUCACAAGUUCAAAAACUGUUAGAUUUUACCAAAAUCACUUUAAAGUACCGAUACGCUGACUUUACGAAAGCAGAAAAUUUUCGAAAAGCUUUCGAAAAAGAACUAGCCAUGCCUAAACUCAGAAAAAAUACAGUAGAGUCCGUUCAGAGACUGAGAUCAAAAAUAGCAGCUGCCGAGGAUCAGUACAAAGGCAAUAACGAAGAACUGUUACAAGAAUUGAAUAACAUUUUACGAGAGUUGGAGUUGUAUGAAAGAACUGUAAUGGACGAGUUGAAUACAUCGUCACAUUUAUCUACAACGAUACUUAAUCAUUUACAAGGCCUCAAAUGUCAACUUUAUUCGAAAAUUCGGCAGAAAGAAACAGUGGCAAGUCAAGAGACAUUUGUCUAAAUCCUACAAUGUAACUACUUCUUAAUAUAAAGAAAAAACAACUGUAAUAUUCUUAAACGGUAUAUUGAGGUCAUUCAUUUGGUUUUCAUUUUCAAUUAUAAAAUCUAAAGAGUAAUCUUGUGUUAAUAAAGUUCUUUGGUUUGCAAUAUAUUGGCUCAAUUAGCCGCAUUAUUUAUUAAUUAGUGUAAAUCAUAUAUAUAUAUAUAGAAUAUAGAAUAUGCAUUUUGUUGGCUUUCAAUAUCAGAAAUAGCGCUAGAAGCUCCCCCAGCGCGGGGCGAAGCCCCGCCGCCAAGUGCUAUUUCUGAUAUUGAAAGCCAACAAAAUGCAUAUUCUGAGGUAUCUAUAGUGCAUUUUCCUGCUAUUAAAAAGUUUUAUUUCAAAACCCUAAUGUGCUAUUCUUAUUGACUUAGACCCUCCCGCACCGUUCGGAGCAUUUGACGUCAAGCUGUUUCCAUAAAAAUCUGUCACUGGUAAUGUCUGAAGCCUCUUCCCACCUGCCAUGAGGACCUCAAUGAAUGAGUGGCGUCAAGUUGUACUAGGAUAUCAUUGCAACUAUUCUUAUGCGUAAUUCAUUUUGUCGGAAACAUGUCCCGCAAAUGUCAGGCGUCGCUCUCUCACAAUCUUACUAAAGGGUCGACUCCCAGUUCGGCAUAGGAUUUCCUUGAUUUAGACUCGAUCUCUAUAACUGACUCCUAAAAUCUCCUAGUCAUCUUUGUUGACCCACAUUUAGUGUUUUUCAAUUUCGACAGAUGACUAUUCACUACACUUUAUUAAUGGAGCCCUGCCACUGGUAAAAAUGUGUAACCUCUCUUGAAUACGCUCUUGGAAUUAAGUGACUGUAGUUUGCUUUAGAUUUUAUAUCGAAAAGAGAAGUUUUAUCGUCGAAAUCAUCUGUUGGGGGUUUUCCACCUCAAAAUGCUCUGUAGGGGGAUCUUAGACUCAAAACCAUCUGGAGGGGUUUUAAACUUUAAAAAAAAAAAAGCCAUCUGUAGAAGAGGGGUUUAAACUCAAAAUCCCCGAUUGGAUUGGCUACGCUCAAAUAAUUUUAGUUUUUUUUUAAAUUGAAGAGGUAUUUUUUAGCAUCAAACCCCUCUGAAUGGGGGUUUAAACUCAAAACCCCUUUUUGGCAACGCUUAUAGCAUUUUGAGUGCGUAAUUUGCUUUUUUUCUUACACUGAAGAUGUAUUUUUUAGCCUCAAACUCCCCUGGCGGGGGGUUUAAACUCAAAACCCCUCUGGCUACGCUCAUAGAUUUUAGAGUGAGUAAUUUGCUUUUAUUUAUAUUGAAGAGGUACUUUUUAGCUUCAAACUCCAAACCCCUUUGACUACACUCCUAACAUUGUGAGUGUAUAAUUUGCUUUGUUUUUAUUUUAUUAUUAAAGAGGUAUUUUGUACCUUCAAACCCCGCUGAAGUGAGGUUUAAACUCAAAACUAAGUCAAAACCCAUUUAGCUACGCUCAUAACAUUUUGAGUGAGUAAUUAGCAUUUUUUUUCUAUAUUGAAGAGGGGGUUCAUCGUAAAUUUUAGAGGGGGUUUUAUAAUCAAAAUCUCCAUUAACUGUGCUCUUGGAAUUAGGGGAUUUUCGUUUGCAUUUUUUUUGUUUUGUUUUAUAGAAGAGGGGGAGUUAACUGCUAAAACCCCAAGUAGGGGGUUUAAAACUCAAAACCUCUAGUAGGGGGUUUUAAACUCAAAACCCCUGGUAGGGGUUUUUAAACUCGAGCUCCCCUGGUAGGGGGUUUUAAAAUCAAAACCUCAUUGGUUGUGCUGGGGCAAGUGAUGGUUUAGUAUUAAAAUCUCACCUAAAAUAAACAUAAUCAAAGCAAAAAAUCAUUCACUAAAUUCCGAUCCCCAACCAUGGGGGGGGGUUCAUUUCGGGGGUUAUAUGGCUCCUUCUUCUGUCUCAGAAGACAUUGGAUGUGUCUAGAUAAGUUACUGGCUUUGGUUACGUCUUGAGAUGGGGCUAAAUGUAAAGUGACUGAUCAAGCCAAUUCUAAAUUAGCACCUACACGUCUCCAUGCUGUCUGGUCUUGGGAUAUCUCCUCCCACAUACUUUGGUCGAUGCCCGUGGCUCUCAUGUCUCGGUUGCUGACAUCUCUGUAGGUUAGUCUCGGGUGGCCCUUGGGUCUGACUCCCUUUGCAAGCUCAACGUAUAGGAUGUCUUUAGGGUUUCUUCCAUCUGGCAGGCGAGUGGAAUGACCGAACCAGCGUAGUCUUCUCUGUUGAUAGAAUAGUGUUGGAGCCACAACACAUCCUUGUUUUACUCCGCUCUUGAUGGAGAAUGGCCUAGAGGCGGAACUGUCAAAUUGUACGGUACACUGCAUAUUUUCAUGAAAGAUUACACUAGUUUCCGUAAUUUGUUUGGACAGCCGAUUCUUUCUAAUACGCAAACAAGCCGGUUCCGCUGACAAGAUCAAACGCCUUGGUCAAGUAAAUAAAAGCUAUAAAGAGGGACUGCUUUUGUUCUCUUCUUUUCCCCUCUAGCUGCCGCAGGGAGAAACUCAUAUCAGUUGUGGAUCUACCGGCCCUAAAGCCACACUGCGAUUCUGUGUAAACUCUGCCAAUAUUUGCAGCCGCUUCAGUAUUACUCUGGCAUAAUCCUUCUCAACUAUGCUAAGAAGUGAUAGGUCUCUACAGCUGUUAGAAUCCGAGAGGUCACCUUUAUAUUUUGUAAAUUGUUACUAUGUUUACAUCCUUUAAUUCCUGUAGGACUAUUCCUUGUUCCCACCUUAAACUCAGCAGUUAAUGGAGUGGCUUGAUUAAGGCAUGCUUUCCAGUCUGAAUGGCUUCUGCAGGAAUACCAUCUCCUCCGGGUGCUUUCCCGUGUGGAAGCAUGUCAAUGGCUGUGCUCAUUUCCUUUACAGAGGGUGGUGGGAAGUUAGACAAAAGAGUUGGCGAGAUGGCGUUUUCAAUCUGGUAAAGUUCUUCAUAGUCCUCUACCCAUCGUUCCAUUUGAAGUGUACGAUCACUGAUGAUUGAGCCAUCUUUUGACUUAAUAUAUAUAUAUAUAUAUAUAUAUAUAUAUAUAUAUAUAUAUAUAUAUAUAUAUAUAUAUAUAUAUAUAUAUAUAUAUUAAGUACUUAUAUACGCUACAUGAUUUUCACGUUAAAAGUAAGAUUCCUACUUCAGACUUUGUGGUCUAUUGGGCAGAUAAUAUAAAGGUCAUCUGCUUCUUUUUACGAGGGUGUCAUGUGGUCAUCUCAACGACCAACCGCCUUUACUUUCCCCCAACUAAUGUCAGGUACCCAUUAGAGCUGGGUGCACCGAGAGACGCCCAAAGAUCCCGAAAUUAAAAUACCAGUCUUCACGAGGAUUCGAACCUGGGACCUACGGCUUUACCGCUCAGCCACCCCGCCUCCGUUUUUUUUUAUAGUAGUAAAAACAUAUUUAAACAUUUUCUCAAGGUUCGGCAUGCUUUAUAGUUCUCCAACACUUAUUCCUGAAGCAUCUAUCACACCAAAGGAAAUACAAAUCAAGCGAUUUUCUUGAAAUUUGAAAACUUUGUUGCAUUAAAGGCAAAAAUAAAUAAAAAAAUAAAAAUAAUUCACUGUUUAAUAUAUUCAUUAUCUACCUUUUGCAUGAAAUGAAAGUUUAUUAAUUUGUUUAUUUUUUUAUAAUAAAGAACAUUCAAUGAAGUGAACCAAUCAACGGUAUUUUUAUCAUUUGUUGUGCAUUCUGAGCUAUUGUUUAAAUGAUAAAACACUGAACCAUAAUCUUCAAAUACAAAAACAAAAUUUAAUAAAAUACUCUGAAAGACACAAAGAUAAAGGCACAUUCCUCGUCUCAUAUGCUAGGACACAUUUUCUACAAAUACUACUUCUUCCCUAGUGCUAUUAGAGCAUUGAAUGGGUUGCCUGAGCUAGCCAGGAAAACCAGUGACUUGGCUGAAUUUAAGUCAUUGGUUAAUAUGCAUGACUAAAUGCAUGACGCGUAGGACGUAAUCAUCUUCUUUUUUGAAGUAACGUCUGUAUUAUAUAAGAUAAGAUGAUCCGAGUUUUAAUUCUCAAAACAAUUGUUUCUGAAUUAUGCAGAUAAUGAAUAAGAAAUGGCAUGUAACUUCAAAUAAUAGCAGCAAUAAGGUUGUUGAACGAAGAAGGUGAAAAAAUAUGUCGAAUCAAAAGUGAACUUGGCGUUGGAUCGGACAGCGGGUCUCAAUGUCUAGCGCCAUCAUCUUGUAACGACCAGGUAUCUACAACGCUAAAGUAAAAGCUGUCAUGUCAAUAUUGUUAUCUGGCCUCCGUAUUUUCUAUGUGGAUGGCGGACUAGCAAAUUGUAAGACUUUAUUAUAAGAAAGAAAAAAAAAGGUCUUUAUGUUAAGUAAACAAAACAUUUAUAAGGAAAAAUAAAUUUACACAAACAAGAAAAUCAUUUUAAAAAAUCCUUUCAAAAUAAAAAAAGAUAUUCUAAAUGGGAAGGACUCGUCCAUAAAACUAUAUCUUUCGAUAAUGUGAAAGUUCUUUCCCUUAUUCGAUAUUAAACAAAAUAAUAAAUUACCAAUAAUUAAUUGACUAAUGGAGUACUUUUUUUUAGUGAUUUAUGUUUUGUUAGGUACAAUAUAUAAUUGUUUAAUGUAUCAACAUGAUCGGAGAAUGCGUGAGGGAGAAAUAGCGUUAACACCUAUUUAAGGGGACUAUGCCCAACACAUUUAGCCAUUUAUGUGAAUACUGAAGUAUUGGUUUCCUUUGUUGCUAUUAAACAAAAAAAUAAAAUACCAGU